UGCCGAGCCAAGCGCGAGAUCGUCUGCGGUCUCGGGCUCGUGUUCUGUCUGGCCAACGACAGCUGCGUUCUCGAGGGUACUUGCCUGAUCGCUGGAAGUGGGAACGCCGCGGGGAGCGGCGUCACAACAGAGGACGUUACGCACACGACGGUGGAAGGAUCAGCUGCGUCCACUGACGGCGCGACGGAAAUGCCCAGCACGACGCUGGAAACGACAGGAUCGGCGUCAAAUUUAUCACAGGGAACGACGGAUCCGUCCAGCGCGGCCACUGAAGAGACCUCAACGGUACCAGGGCCUCUAGAUAGCUGUGAAAUCGACCAAGUCUUCUGCGUCAUCACCGACCGCUGCCAGUCGCCCGCCGACGCCUGCGGCGUCGUCUGCCCGCCCAGUCACGUGGUCUGCUCCGGCCAGGAGACGUGCGUGACCUACCGUGCCUGUCAGGACCCGUUGGACACAGGUCUGGCAUGGACCCUGCCUGAGCCGGUCGUCCAGGGGUCAAGCGAACUGCCGCCGGCCGUCUCACUCAACUCCAUCGUCCAGUCAGCCGCGGCGGAGACUCUUCUACUGACCGGUAACGCGCCCAGCUUCCUGGUGGAGACGGCCGACGAGGGCUGGGAGGCAGCUGACGCGGCCGACGGCACCUUCAGCCCACUCACCGUCGGCAGCCGCUUGCGCUUCAGCCAGUUUGUGCAGUUCCAGCCGGCCGAUACUGGCUUCGGCUUGCGCCAGCUGAACCUCAGCCAGGACGUCGACAAGGAGACGAGCCUGCAGUACACGGUGCUGCAGUACGUGCUGCCCCGGGCCGGGCUGGUCAGCAUCAACACCUCGGAGUUGACCCUCGCCGAGGACGAGCCGGGCACGCUGCUCAUCUCAGAGCUCGUCUCCGUGGGCCGCGCCGCCUCGGCCGCCGACCUCGAGGAGCUGAGCUGGCAGCUGCAGUCGCCGGCGCUGGACCGCGCCGCGCUCGGGUACCAGCAGCUGCGCUCGCUGUACCAGCCGACGGUACCGGUACGGGUGCGGUACGCCGGAGAGAUUCAGCGCCGCUCUGAGGUGCCAGGCCAGACGCUCUUCUCGUACACCGGCGACGAGGACAGCUGGGAAGAGCACUCCUUGGAGCUUACUCCACUGGAACUACAAUUGCCACUUGACCCCGAGUCACCUGAACAACCUCAGGUCAUGUUCAUACCCAAACCCAACUUCCAAGGCCCGGUGCGAUUCAUAUUUGAGGUUAGCCUGGCGGGGAGCAAAACGGAGGCGGAGGUUCUUCUGAUGGUGCGCGAGGCGAACGACGCCCCACUGCUGCGGGCCGAGAACGCUAGCCAAGCGUGGUCCGAGCGGGAGGCGGAGGAGGGCGCCGGCCUGGUGCUGGCCGCCUGGGACCAGACAGCCUCCCCGGAGCUGCUCACCGUACCUGGCUGUCAACCGGUGAGCUUUCCAGCCUGA